AUGGCUACGAAACAAGAGGAGCAGGCGAACUUGAGCGACGUGCUGACGCCUAGCAUGAGUCUGACGGAGCUGGAAAUGAAGUUUGCAGAUGAGACGGACGGUAAGGCUAAGGAUGUUGUUCAGGCGCGUAUCAAGAAGGCUGAAGACGGCAUCCUUCCUCUGAGACUCCAAUUCAACGACUUCACACAGAUAAUGUCAAGUCUCGAUGAGGAGAGGUACGCCAACGUCAGCAAGCAGGAGAAGUUCCAAAUGAUAAGGUCGAAGGUGUUGGGGCUCACAGAGAGACUGCAGGAAUUGUCGAACGACUUUGAAGAACUGCAGCCACUGUUUGCUACAGUCGGUGAAUACUCGAAGACAUACAAGAACAAGAACUUCCAGGUGCUGGAGAACCUGGCGUCAUAUAAUCACAGGGGGAAAGCUGGUGCUUCGAUCUCCAACAGCACGCCUACACCAGCAGCAGCCACACCGACAACGGCCCCAACUCCCGGGGCUGGCACGAAGAAGGCAGCGAAGACAGCACCCACACCAACGGCGACGGCUACUAUCGGUACGCCGAGCAACAAUGCUCCGACACCAGCCACCACAGCUACGACGCCAGGAACACAAGCGAAGAAACCCCGCAAGCCCAGGCAGACGAAGAAACAGCAACAGGCUGCGGCUGCGGCUGCGGCCGUUGCUCAAGCACAGGCCCAGGCCCAGGCUCAAGCUCAAAAUCAGAACCAGAACAAUAUGCAGAACAAAAAUAUAAGCAAUCCUGGCAUGAACUCGAAUAUGGGUACUCCAGUAAUGGGCAACCCGAACAUGAAACAAAUGCAAAGUCCUAUUCCAGCGAAUGCUAUGAACAACAUGAAUGUACCGCACAAUGGGGCAAUGCGGCCCAGUGUGCCAAAUGGUAAUAUGGGCAAUCCAAGUAUGGGUAAUCUAAAUAUGAAUGCCCCAAAUAUGGGUAAUCCGAACAUGAACAAUCCAAACAUGAACAACCCUAAUGCAAUGAUGUCCCCCAUGGCCGGUCAAGGCCAGCUAAAUCAGAUGUUCCCAAUGCAGAACCACAACCAGAACGGUCAAUUCAUGGGCCAGCAAUCGCCGGGUCCCAACAUUGGCCAAAUGCAAUUCCCACCAAAUAAUGGCAAUAUGAAUGGCAUGCCCGGUACCUCCGACAUGAACCUCGGCAUGAACCCCUCCAUGAAUAUGAACAUGGGUAUGAACCUGAACCAGAUCACACCUGCCAAUAUCUUGAGCAUGAACACGAAGGGGAAAGACGACCAGAUGCAGAACAUUGGAAUGGACCAGAACCAGAACCAGAACCAGAGCCAGAACCAGAGCCAGAACCAGAACCAGAGCAUGAACAUGAACAUGAACAACGACAGCAACAACCCCAAGAGUGCAUACGAUCUCGUGGACUUCAACUCCCUCGACCUCUCCAGCCUGAACAUGGACUUCUUGUAA